AUCAUUUAGCGCUUAGAUACAGAAGAUGGCACGUCUCAGUUUGAUUUUUGGAAUCAUUUUCGUCUUGUUCGGAUCGUUUGCAGCUAAACGCGUUGCCCGUUCUCCGCACUUUGGAUUAGGCCAAGGUUUUGGCGGUGGAUAUGGUGGUGGAUUUGGCGGUGGAUUUGGUGGUGGAUUCGGCGGUGGAUUCGGUGGUUACCCUCAUCCACCCCCACCACCGAUAUAUGGUCCGCGAUUCUAUCCCCCACCGCACCCACCAGGUUUUGGUUAUGGCUUAAGUGGAUAUGGUCACCCUGGUGGAUCCUACCCAGGGUACCCUGGUGGCUACGGUCAAGGAUAUCCGGGUCUUGGUGGCUUAAGUAUAGCGAAGAGCGUCAGCAUCAGCACAGGUGGAGGUGCUCAGGCGAAUUCAGAAGCCUUUGGGAAAUGAGACUGAUAAAUUAUGAAUGUUUUAAC